GUGACACUGAAUCACAAGCACAAAAGUAAGAAUAUGAAUAUAGAGAAAUACUUUUAGGUGCCAGAAUUGCCAAGAUGAGCUCCACACUAAAGCCCCAACGACCUUUUAUUGCUCUCCGGGAAUUUACAGCUGGAAGACACAAAGUGUUUGCUGGUUCCAUGGGUGUCUUACUGGACAAUGACCAUUCCCGUGGGCGUAUCUUAGAUCUACCAAACCGUCCAGAAGUGACAGUGAAAAGAAACCUGGUUCGCGUACUAGGGAAGAGAGACUCGGCUUUUCUGUAUGGUAUUGGCGUGCCCCAGCGACGGCUUCAUCUCCUCAACAAUGAGAAGCUGCUCCAAGCUAUAUGUGGCAUGCAGAUCAACGAUGUUGUCAGGAUACGUUUCCAGGGAUAUGCCUCAGUAGGGGUAGUUAAUGCCAUUUGGGAGCUUUCCGACAAAUCAAGACUAUCAGAUCUCACAAAACUUCUGAUUGAAGUGGAACUGCUGGAUGGGGAGUGCAGCAAUAAUACAAGCAAACCAUUAAAAAUCAACGCUGGAGAAAUACUGGCAGUGAGCUCUAAUGUACAGUACCACCUGUAUUACAGAGACACCAGACCAGGCCUGGAUGAAAGAGAUAUUCACAGUGCCCUCGAUGAUGUUUUGAUUGAUAUUCCUCCUGUGCGUGAGUGUGAUGGUCUUGAGAAGAUGGUUGGAUUGAGAAGGGGUAUACAAGGGCACCACAACUCAUGUUACCUUGAUACCACACUAUUUAGUCUGUUCACAUUUUCCUCGGUUCUGGAUCACAUUUUACAAUCUCCGGAGGUCUGUGAUGCAAAAGUGCAGCGUAUCUUGAGGCAGGAUAUUGUGAAUCCACUGAGAAGAAAUGGCUUUGUCCAUGCUGAGCGUGUCAUGAAGCUCAGAAAGUUACUUCGAUGUGAAACCUUCGUGACAGAGGAAAAAGAUCCUGAAGAGUUUUUAAAUGCUUUACUACACGAAGUCCUAGCUGUAGAACCACUGCUGAAAAUCAGAUGUAACGACAAGACGCAAGAAAGCAACAUUUAUCAAAUUAUUGUCGAGAGGGAUGGAACUUUGAAGGUACCUUCGGUGCAAACUCUGAUGGAAAGAUCAUUUCGAUUCUAUGAUGACCUGAAAUUUGAAAAGACUCCCUCAUGCCUGAUCCUUCAGAUGCCAAGAUUUGGAAAGAAGUUUAAGAUGUUCCCCUUUAUCAUCCCUUCCUUGGAAUUGGACAUUACCAACAUGCUCUACACAAGAAGCAAAGUUUGCUGUAUUUGCCUGGGAGUUGCUGAAUAUGAAUGCACACAGUGUCUUGCAGACCCUCUUACCACUGACGGCCAUAUUCGCCAGUUCUGCCAACAGUGUGAAAGACAGGUUCAUUCUCAGAAACAACUAAAUGACCACAGUCCUCUGAGACUGGAUACACAGACGGAUGGCUCCCUGCCACUACAAAAACUACAGCUGUUGGCGGUCCUCUGCAUUAAGACUAGUCACUUCAUAUCAUUCGUGAAAUAUGGACCCAGCAAACAUUCCUGGGUGUUUUUCGACAGCAUGGCAGGAAAAACAGGAAAUGAAAUCGGAACAAAUGUUCCCCUGGUACGAUCUUGCCCUCAACUGGGAGACUACCUAUCAAUGUCCGAAGAGCAGUUCCAAAGGGUCGAUUUCAGUAAGAUGGACAGUUUAUGUAGGAGAUUUUUCUCGGAUAGCUACAUGUGCAUAUACCAAUACCCAGAGCAUGGUGCCCAGAAUGGCUGAUGAACAAUCUGUCACAGCCCUUGGUUCGUGAUAUGCUCUUUGGACAAUUAUGUUUCCCAUCACAAGCUCCACUGAUCGGAAGUCAUGCAAGAGUUUGGACAUUCUAGUGUUUCCAGUGGGAAAGCUAGCAUUUAACUUUUGGCACCUUCGCUGUAUGCUGAUGUUGACCUCCUGAAAUAUAAAUAUUUCUACAUCUUUGAAAAUGGACAAGUAUCUGCAAAUACAAAAUAAGUUUUGGAGGACGUUCACAUUCUUGUUUUCCCAGGUUCCCUGACUAUUUUCUAUUGUUCUUGUCAGUAUACAUCCGAUUUAUGUGGCAACCAUGAUUGGAAGCUUGAUGCAGAGAUUUGUUUCCCUGACUUUAUUUGAAAAGAGCAAUAAAAUAAUCUUCUGUUUGGAGGCUGACAACAGGACAA